AUGCGUUUCUCAGCCAUCAUCUUAACCCUCUUCUCCGCCGGCAUCCUCGCUCAGAAUGGAUGCGGCUUCCCGGAUGGACCUGACUGCCAAUCCCUCGGCAAGGGCGCCAAUGGCCUGGAGCAAUUCGCAGACCCCGAUGGCUGCUGCUUGCUACCCCUCCGUUGUGGUAACGGCGAUGGCGGUGAGAGAUGCGAGCGUGUAAGCGGUGCUAGUGCUGGCGGCGCGACCAAUAACAACAAUGGCAAUACUGGUAAUACUGGCACUGGGAGGAACGGAAGGAACAGGAACAACAACAACGCCAACAAGAAGAGGCGCAUCUAA